CGGCCGGCGAGCGCCGCCGAGAGCCAGUAGCGCCGAGAGCGCUGGGUCCGGAGAGUCGCGUGGGCCGAGGGUCUCGGGGUGGGCGCCGCGGGACCUCGCCGGGCCAUGGCACCCCCUGUCAAAGGGAAAAGGAAACAGUCAGAGGAGGGUGACCCCCUAGACCCACCCACGUCCCCUAAACCCGAUGGUGAGCAGAGCAGGAGCCAGAGCCCCAUCCAGCUGGAGGACUCCCCCGAGGCAGGCGGGGAGCGGGAGGAGGAGCAGGAGCGGGAGGAGGAGCAGGCCUUCCUGGUCAGCCUCUACAAGUUCAUGAAGGAGCGACACACGCCCAUCGAGAGGGUGCCCCAUCUCGGCUUCAAGCAGAUUAACCUGUGGAAGAUCUACAAGGCAGUGGAGAAGCUGGGGGCCUAUGAGCUGGUGACCGGCCGCCGCCUCUGGAAGAACGUGUACGACGAGCUGGGGGGCAGCCCCGGCAGCACCAGUGCGGCCACCUGCACGCGCCGCCACUAUGAGAGGCUGGUCCUCCCAUAUGUGCGGCACCUGAAAGGGGAGGAUGACAAGCCGCUGCCCCCCGCCAAGCCCAGGAAACAAUACAAGAUGGCCAAGGAGCAGCGGGCAGAUGACGGGGCCACUGAGAAGCCAAAGAAGACCAAGGAGGAGCGGCGGGUGGACCAGAUGAUGCCAGGAAAGACCAAAACAGAUGUCAUGGACCCAGCACCACUGCCCAGCCAGGAGCCCCCCAGGGACAGCACAGAACGGCUGGGCCCGACUUCUGGGCCCUCUCUGCCCUUCGCGGGUGCCAACAGCUGCCCUGAGGCCUAUAAGCGGCUCCUGUCCAGCUUCUACUGUAAAGGGACACAUGGCAUCAUGUCACCACUGGCCAAAAAGAAGCUCCUGGCCCAGGUGAGCAAGGCAGAGGCCUUGCAGUGCCAGGAAGAAGGCUGUCGCCAUGGGGCGGGUGGCCCCGACAGGGAGCCCCAGGCGUCCCCAGCUGUUCGUCCCCCAGAGAGUCCCCAGAGCCCAGGAAGGCUGGCUGAGAAUUCCAGGCACCGGCUGACCCCUCAGGAGGGGUUGCAGGCCCCUGGCAGCAGCCUCAGGGAGGAGGCUCAGGCGGGCCCCUGCCCCUCGGCCCCCAUCUUCACAGGCUGUUUCCACGCCUACCCCACCGAGGUGCUGAAGCCUGUCAGCCAGCACCCCCGGGACUUCUUCUCCAGCUUUAAAGAUGGGGUGCUCUUGGGGCCUCCCAGCAAAGAGGAGGGACUGUCCGUCAAAGAGCCCCAGCUGGUGUGGGGCGGGGAUGCCAACCGCCCCUCUGCAUUCCACAAAGGCGGCUCCAGGAAGGGCAGCCUCUACCCCAAGCCCAAAGCCUGCUGGGUGUCCCCCAUGGCCAAAGCCCCAGCCAAGAGCCCCGUGCCCCCGCCCGCCUUCCCCAGCAGCCCAGGCCUCUGCAGCAAGCGCAGCCUGGAGGAAGAGGGCUUUGCCCACAGUGGCAAAAAACUGCGGGCAGUGUCUCCCUUUCUUAAGGAGGUGGAUGCCAAGGAGUGUGGGGCCAAACCCACAGGGCCCGGCCUGGCUGUCUCCUGCCUGCUGGGCCCAGCCCCCCCUGAGGCCUACAGGGGCACCAUGCUGCGCUGCCCGCUGAACUUCGACAGCACCCCGGACCCCUUAAAGGGCCAGGCCACGCUCCCCUUCAGCCCCCUGGUCAUCCCAGCCUUCCCAGCCCACUUCCUGGCCACUACAGGCCCCUCACCCAUGGCCACUGGGCUGAUGCACCUGCCCCCUGCAUCCUUCGACAGUGCCCUCCGCCACAGACUUUGCCCGGCUGCAUCUGCCUGGCACACACCACCGGUCACAACCUAUGCUGCGCCCCACUUCUUCCAUCUCAACACCAAGCUGUAGGGCAGAGCGCGCACCACCGUGCUGCACUGUGCAGGGUCUGCCAUGGCCUGGGAUGAGCAGGUGCUGCCAGGGGCUCUGGGCGACAGCCCACUGACUGGGACACCUGGGCCGUGCCCCAGCCAGGCAGCCUGGCAUAGACAAAGAGGAAGGCAGUGGGAACACUGGGUUUGUCUCAAGGAAGCAGCCCGAGCUGCUUGGGAAAGAAUGGUGCAGGGUGGCAGUGCCCAGCCAGAGCCCCGAGAGCAGAGGCCAGGAGCUGGAUGGGCCACUCAGGGCAUCCAGGGAGCCCAUGGAAAAUCCAAUAAAAAGACACCAAUGUGAAUCUA